CAUGUAGUGCAGCACCACGGUCACUAGAGGGCGCUCAGGCGACUCAUGCAAACUUUCACCUUUACGUAAUUUCCUGACGCUAUCGAGUUCUUCCUUUUCCGUCAGCCACUCGUAGUCUGCGGUCUUUAAAGCCUUUUAACGGCCGUUAAAAAACUCCACCAUGCAAAACGACGCUGGAGAAUUCGUGGACCUUUACGUGCCUCGUAAAUGCUCUGCCAGCAACAGGAUUAUUGGUGCAAAGGACCAUGCUUCCAUCCAGAUCAACAUUGCUGAGGUUGACAAAGUCACCGGCAGGUUCAAUGGCCAAUUCAAGACCUACGCUAUCUGUGGUGCUAUUCGUAGAAUGGGUGAAGCCGAUGACUCUCUCCUGAGGCUGGCAAAGAAUGACUCAAUUGUGUCAAAGAACAUCUAAGUUUAAAGAAAGUACAUCUGGUGUUUCUUUGUAAAAUAAAAUGUAAACAAAAA